AUGAGAUUCUCCACCAUCACUCUUUUGGCCCUUGGUGCCACUGCCUCAGCUUACGUUGUACCGAACCGACAAGUCGUUGAUAAUGCCGUCAAGGCACGCAUGCCAGAAAAUGAAGCCGUUCAAGCAUCUAAUCUAGUAGCUGCUCUCUCAGCUCGUGAACUUGAGGCCCGCCACCACCAGGGCAACAAGGGCAAGGGCAAGAAGAACGCUCGUCAAGAAUAUGCCCCAGUUGAGGCCCGCGACCCUGAGCCCCAUCACCAGGGAAACAAGGGAAAGGGCAAGAAGAACGCCCGUGAUGUAGACUCUGAGGACCAUGACCAUGAGGACCUCGAAGCCCGCAACCCCCACCAUCAGGGUAACAAGGGUAAGGGCAAGAAGAACGCCCGUGAAGCCUCUCCUGAACCCCACCACCAAGGCAACAAGGGCAAGGGCAAGAAGAACGGUCGUGACGUCGACUCCGAAGACCACGACCACGAGGACAUCGUAGCCCGUGAUCCCCAUCACCAGGGCAACAAGGGAAAGGGCAAGAAGAACGGUCGCGACGUCGAAUCUGAAGAUGAAGACCUCGAAACCCGCUCCCCUCAUCACCAGGGCAACAAGGGUAAGGGCAAGAAGAAUGCCCGCGAAGCCUCUCCUGAACCUCACCAUCAAGGCAACAAGGGCAAGGGCGCAGGCAAGAAGAACGCCCGCGACGUUGACUCUGAGGAACAUGACCACGAGGACAUUGUAGCCCGCGAUCCCCAUCACCAGGGCAACAAGGGCAAGGGAGCAGGCAAGAAGAACGCCCGCGACGUCGACUCCGAGGACCACGACCAUGAGGACCUCGCAGCCCGCGAUCCCGCUCCCCACCACCAGGGCAACAAGGGCAAGGGUGCAGGCAAGAAGAAUGCCCGCGACAUCGACUCUGAGGAACACGACCACGAGGACAUUGUAGCCCGUGAUCCCCACCACCAGGGCAACAAGGGCAAGGGAGCUGGCAAGAAGAACGCCCGUGAAGCCUCUCCUGAACCCCACCACCAGGGUAACAAGGGCAAGGGUGCAGGCAAGAAGAACGCCUAA